AUGAGUUACCGGGACACUCAUACACUCUUUCCAAGAACUCAUUCAUACAGUGCAGCUAAUGAACAACGUGUAGGAAGCUACAUGCGGACCCUAAUGAAUUAUGGGGCAUCACCAUCAUCAGUGUUGAAUACAAUACCAUCGUAUCGCUCAAGAACUUUUGCUGAUGUCACAUACACCUCAACACCUGAUAUGAAUGAGGUAUAUCCUGGCCUAUUUGUGGGGGAUGCAGUUGCAGCUAAAGACAAAGCAUUCUUACGGCGUAUGGGUAUCACUUAUGUUCUGAACACCGCAGAAGGAAAGCGUUACACUCAAGUGGACACAGACCAUUUGUACUAUCGUGAUUGUCCUGGGUUGCAUUAUAAAGGCUUCCAACUCAUGGAUCUUCCAACAACUGAUAUUUCGAAAUAUUUUCAUAUUGCUGCUAAUUUUAUUGACGAAGGUAUUUCUAGAGGAGGUCGCGUACUUGUGCAUUGUUUGAUGGGAGUUUCGCGCUCGGCAACAUGCGCGCUCGCUUUCCUAAUGAUCAAGCGUGGAAUGUCUCUCACCGAGGCUCUUGCGCUAGUCCGAUCCAGGCGAGAUAUUCAUCCCAAUGACGGAUUUAUACGUCAACUUCAGCAACUAGACAGAGAGUUGCGUGUAUCUCGAAUCCGC